AUGGCAGAGACCGCAGGUGAGCAGCAGCAGCAGCAGCAACAGGUGCUUCAGAAAGUGAAGACAGAGGAGUGGGGGGGAAAGCUAGCACUGAGCAAUGGACAGGUGGACGGAGGGGAGGCUGCGGGGGCUGUGGGGGAACCUGAAGUUGGGAGGUCUGGUGGACAUGUGAGUGUAGACCCUAGUUCAGCAGGAGGCACAGGGGGAAUAGAAGAGGUUGUAAACCCCAAUGGGAUGGAAGGCGUAGAAAAGAAAGAUGAAGCUGUGAACCCCGAUGUUGAAGGGAGUGCAAGAGGGAAUGAAGAAGAGGUGACCCCCACUGUGGAGGAAGGUGCCGGAGAUAAAGAGGUGGUUGUAAACCCUAAUGUGGAAGAGGGUGCAGGAGAGAAAGUAGAAGCUGUGGGCACCAAUGUGGAGGAGGGUGCAGGAGAGAAAGUAGAAGCUGUAAGCCCCACUGUGGGGGAAGGUGCCGGAGAUAAAGAGGGUGCUGGAGAGAAAGUAGACGCUGUGGGCACCAAUGUGGAGGAGGGUGCAGGAGAGAAAGUAGAAGAUGUGAACCCUAAUGUGGAGGAGGGUGCAGGAGAGAAACAGGAGACUGUGAACCCUAAUGUGGAAGAGGGUGCAGGAGAGAAACAGGAGGCUGUGAACCCUAAUGUGGAAGAGGGUGCAGGAGAGAAACAGGAGGCUGUGAACCCUAAUGUGGAGGAGGGUGCAGGAGACAAAGUAGAACCUGUGAACCCUAAUGUGGAGGAGGGUGCAGGAGAGAAACAGGAGGCUGUGAGCCCCAAUGUUGAGGAGGGUGCAGGAGAGAAACAGGAGGCUGUGAACCCUAAUGUGGAGGAGGGUGCAGGAGAGAAACAGGAGGCUGUGAGCCCCAAUGUUGAGGAGGGUGCAGGAGAGAAACAGGAGGCUGUGAACCCUAAUGUGGAAGAGAGUGCAGGAGAGAGAGAGGAAGCUGUGGGCGCCAAUGUUGAGGAGGGUGCAGGAGAGAAAGAGGAAGCUGUGAGCCCUAAUGUCAAGGAGAGUGCAGGAGAGAAACAGGAGGCUGUGGACCCUAAUGUGGAGGAGGGUGCAGGAGAGAAAGUAGAACCUGUGAACCCUAAUGUGGAGGAGGGUGCAGGAGAGAAAGAGGAAGCUGUGGGCGCCAAUGUUGAAGAGAGUGCAGGAGGGAAGGAGGAAAUUGUGAGCCCCAAUGUGGAAGAGAGUGCAGGAGGGAAGGAGGAAGUUGUGAGCCCCAAUGUGGAAGUGAGUGCAGGAGGGAAGGAGGAAAUUGUGAGCCCCAAUGUGGAGGAGAGUGCAGGAGGGAAGGAGGAAAUUGUGAGCCCUAAUGUGGAGGAAGGUGCAGGAAAGACAGAGGAGGUUGCAAACCCCAAUGUCGUAGAGGGUUCAGGGGAGAAAUAUGAGGCUGAGAACACCAAUGUGCAAAAGAAUGCAGGAGAUAAGGGUGAGACUGAGAACUCCAAUUUGGAAGCUUUGAACCCAGAAACACAACCAGGUGAAAAAGAAGAGGCUGGGGAACCUUUAAUAAAAGAGGGGGCAGGAGAAAAGGCUGAGAAUUUGAGAAUGGAAGAGGAUACGGGAAAGAGCCAGGAACUGAUUAGUUCUGCACAAGAUCCGGAGACACUAGUAGUAUCUCCUGAUAGAGAAACCACUCAACAUGGUGACCAACCUCAGGCCCCCACAGAACCUACACUUAGUGCCACACAACAUGAAAUAGAUGAGGGUGAUGCCAUCAUAGACAAGGAUGAGCAGAAAGGUGGAGAUGAUACCAGUAGUGAGAGCAGUGAAGGAAAUUCCAGUAGUGAUGAGGAGGAAGAGGAAAAGGAGGAGAAGAAUGCUGAUGGUAGCAAAGCUGGAGAUGAAGCUGCUGAGGAAGGACAGAAGGGUGAAGGAGCUUCAGGACAGGUAGAUUCUGAAGCUAAAGAACAAGUAGACAGUAUUGCUGGAGUAAACAUAGAGCCAGGGAGUAACAUUACAGAUCUGGUGGAGGAAGGGGCUGCUACACCCAUAGAUUCAGGGAGCAGUCCUGCAGAAGAAGCAUCUUCUGAGAUAACAGAUCUUAAAGUGCAAGAGGAACCAGAAAAAGCUUCAGAAGAUGAAGUCUCACAAGGUGAACAUGUUGACAGAGAUGUUACAAGGCAAGCACCAAGUGAAAAGAUAUCUGAAGAAAAGUCUGAAGUGCAUGUGGCAGAGGUUCCUCAGGAGGGUUCACCCAGAAAAGUACACACAGAAGAAGAAGAACACCUAUCAAAGGAGAACAUUAUAACAGAAAGCAAUGCAAACCUUGAAGAGACAACUGAGACUGUGCCUGGGGAUGGUUCUGCCAUGGUUGAGAGCACCCCAACAGAGGAGGAAACCAAGAAUGUGGGUUCUGAAGUCAUUGCUGAUGUAGGAAAGAAAGGUAUAAUCAGAGAAAAUGGUAUGACCCAAAUGAUCAAUGCGAACACCCCUGUACAGGACAACGAGGUCUCUCAGGAACAUGACAUAUGCUUGUUUGUCAAGGCUGGAAGUGAUGGGGAAACUAUCGGGAACUGCCCGUUUUCUCAGCGUUUAUUUAUGAUCCUCUGGCUGAAGGGCAUCGUAUUUAGUGUCACCACGGUGGAUUUGAAGAGGAAACCUGCCGACCUACAUAACCUGGCACCCGGAACAAACCCGCCGUUCAUGACAUUUGAUGGGGAGGUGAAAACCGAUGUGAAUAAAAUUGAAGAAUUCUUGGAGGAAAAAUUAACAGUGCCAAAGUAUCCAAAGCUUGGCCCCAAACACCCAGAAUCCAACUCAGCCGGAAAUGAUGUGUUUGCUAAAUUUUCAGCCUUUAUAAAAAAUCCCCGGAAAGAUCUAAAUGAAACUUUAGAGAAAAACCUGCUGAGAUCCUUAAAAAAGCUGAAUGACUUUUUAAAUUCACCACUGCCUGAUGAGAUCGAUGCCUAUUCCACGGAGGAGAUUGUCACCUCCAACAGGAAAUUUUUGGAUGGGAAUGACCUCACACUAGCAGAUUGUAACCUGUUACCAAAGCUCCACAUUAUAAAGGUUGUUUGCAAAAAAUUCCGGAAUUUUGAAAUCCCGGCAGAAAUGACUGCAAUCUGGAGAUACCUCAAGAAUGCAUACACCAGGGAUGAAUUCAUCAAUACCUGUCCGGCAGACAAUGAGAUUGAAUUUGCAUAUUAUGGUGUUGCCAAAAGAAUGAAUAUAUAAAAUAAUAUUUCUUCAAAUAUUCCAUAUGCAGUAUUGGUUCUAAGGUGUCAUUUGUCAAAAAAAAAAUUAAAUCAAGAUUCAGUUUGCCAUAUUUACUAGAAUUUAUUUUUAUUUUUUUCAUUUUUCAAGCUGAAUUAUUCGCUGUGAAUAUCCAAAUAUCCAGAUUACUUACUAUCCAAUUAUUUCUAGGCAGUGUGCACCUCUAUUCUGGCUAAUUUCUUACUAUACCUUUUGGGUGUUUGUUUUUCUAAUAUAGAGCUCCAGAUCUCCUCCACAAAGAUAGACUUAAAGGGGUUGUCCAUUCUGGACGUGUAUAGCAUAUCCACAGCAUGCACCACAUCCUCUCCAUUCUUGGCGGUGUGCAGAAGAGCCCCUAUUCUUGAUAUAGUAGCGGGUCCAGCACCUAUCGGACAUUUAUGGCAAAUCAUGUAGAAAUGCCAUGAAUGUCCAGAUGGGACAACCCCUUUAUAUUAGAACAUUGUCUACCUGAAGCCACCACAAAGGGGAGCAUAGGAGUUUACUGCAUGCCAUGUUAUUAAUAACUGUAUGCAAUAAGCUCCACCUAGUGGUGGCUGCAGGCAGACAAAAAGUCGAUGUCUAUGCAUCAGAUAUGGAUCUCUGCAUCAGAAAAACAAUGUUCUCUAUAAUAGGAAAAUAGUAAUUAACCAGUACAGAAUUUUGAGACAAUUAAAAUAAAAAAUUAUUUUCAAGGGUGGACAUUUCUUUUAAGACAGAUUAUCCUAGGUGUAUAGAACUCUUGACAACUUCAAUGUAAAAUGUUUGGGUCAAUGAGACCCAAAAGAUAAGAUCUAGUGAUGUGCCACCAAGAACCUAAAAGUGCCAAUGCCUAUAUCUGAGCCAUACAGAGACUCACUUGAGGGAUUUUUUUUUUUUUAAAUAUGCAUUUUUGCGACAGCUGUUCACACUAGAGCUUUGCAAGAUUUAUGACUUUUGCAGAUCUUGAUUCUUUGUUAAAACAUGCUUCUUGUAGGAUUGUACCGGAAAAAGCCUUACGAAUGUAAAAAAAUAAAAAAUAUCUACUUUUAAUAAUGUCGGGCUGGAGUAGUACAUGCCCUGAGUGGGCUGGUGUCAGUAGUGUGCCAACAAGCCACUAGGUAGUUAGACUGGACUAGAUCAGUGAGCUUAAUUUUUGCCGCCAGAGAUGCUUAGCUACACCUCUGACAUGCCAUAAAUACUUGAUUGACUUCUAGGAGGCCACCAUGUCCAAGGAAAGAGAAGACAUGGCCACCAUGACUUCUCUUUCCUUAGACAUGGUGGCCUCCUAGAAGUCACCAUGUCUUCUCUUUCCUUGGACAUGGUGACUUCUAGGAUGCCUCCAUGUCCAAGGAAAGAGAAGACGUUUAUUAAUUUUACACCAUUUUUGCAAGAAACUGAACUUCCCAGGCUUACAUUCUUGAUGGGUAAUGCCUAUUUGAAACACCAUCAGGGCAUAGGGCUGAUAAAGGCCCCUUGUGGGUGGAGCCGACACAUUGGUUCUGUCCCCAUUCCUCAUGGACGGUCUCCAGUGGUACUCCCUUCCACUGGCACAAAUUCAGGAAGGGGAACAUUCUCUUCUCUAUAAAAUGAGAAUUGUGCAGUAAAAGACGACCUUCGGAUGUCCUUCUCCUGAUUGUAGACACUAUUUUUUUCCCUUAAACUAUAUGUUAGCAUAUGUAGUAGGAUAAUCCAUGAUAAUCUGUGAUUCAUUUUAGCAGGGCUGCAUGACAUCAUAUUUAUAUCUAGCAUCAUGUUUUUUGGGGGCCCUCUUACUCCCGAUAUAUCAUGCUGCCUCUGAGCCUCCAAGUCUAUCUUGUCAAUUAACGCAAUUCAAGGAAGCCUUGUGCAUUUCACAAGUAAUA